UAUUCCCAGGUUUCUCCCAUUUCCAUCACUUUCUCUCUCUCUUACAGUCUUUCUCUCUCUAAAAUGGCAAGACCUCAGCAGCGCUAUCGAGGAGUCCGGCAAAGGCAUUGGGGCUCUUGGGUCUCCGAGAUUCGUCACCCUUUACUGAAGACAAGGAUAUGGCUGGGAACUUUCGAAACGGCGGAAGACGCAGCCAGAGCAUACGACGAAGCAGCCAGAAUCAUGUGUUGCCCUAACAAUCUCCCAACCAAUCACAACUCGCCACGUCACUCUUUGUCCGCGCCGCCGCCGUCCUCGAACCUUCUAACCCCCACAUUGAUCGAGAAGUUGCAGAAAUGUCGAACGGCUUCUUUCCAAAUGGUCAAAAAGCAAUUCCCAAACAAAACCCACUUCUCCGACCGGAAAUCCGCUCACCCAAGUCGCCCUCACCCCACCAAUCUCAACGACGGCUAUGGUGCUUCCGGCGUUCACUUACCGGAAACGGACGCCAAGUGGGUCGCCGGCGGCGAGGCUCAGGAGAUCGCCCGGCUUGAAGAUGAUCACGUAGAGCAAAUGAUCCAAGAAUUGCUUGAUCUUGGGUCAUUUGAGUUUUGCCCUAAUAAUAAUAAUUAUCUUAAUGAUAUUGAGUCUACAAAUAAUUAA